GUGAAGUCUGCUCUCUGUGUGCAGAUCGUGCAUGCACAGCUCUGACUCGCUGGAUCGUGUGUGCUUGACCUUGUUUUUGGUGAUUUAAUGCUCGCGUGCGUUUUUUAAAGCGCCAGAGAGGGAGUGUGUGUGUGUGUGUGUGUCGGUGUGUGUGUGUGUGUGUGUACAGUGGUGUAUAAUCGCUCCGAGCUCGCGCCUCCAUUGCGCACCUCCAUCAUGGCGAGCGUUUCAGCGAGCGCGCGGUCUCCUCAGGUCCAAGACGAAAAUUCUACCUGUCAUGAUGUGGCUAGCUUUAAGGCAGCAGACACGGUGGUCCAGCUGUGUGAGACCCGGAAACCCAAACCUGAAUCGGAGAACCUGUCCUUCGGCACCGUGUUCACUGACCACAUGCUGCUCAUCAAGUGGAGCAGUGGAGGAGGCUGGGAAAAACCUCAGAUUCAGCCAUUUGGAAACCUGAGCCUUCAUCCUGCCUGCUCCGCCCUUCAUUACGCUGUGCAGUUGUUCGAGGGCAUGAAGGCGUAUCGGGGGCGGGAUGACCGAGUGCGUCUCUUCAGGCCCAUGCUGAACAUGGAGCGUAUGUUAAAGUCUGCACACAGAGCCUGUCUACCUAGUUUUGAUGGUGCUGAGUUGAUGGAGUGUAUCAGGAAACUGGUGGAAGUGGAUCAGGACUGGGUUCCUCACUCAGACUCGGCCAGUCUCUACAUCCGCCCCACCUUCCUGGGAACAGAGUCUUCAUUAGGUGUGAAGAAACCCUCCAGUGCUUUGCUCUUCGUGAUCCUCAGCCCCGUCGGCUCUUACUUCAGCACAGGAAACAAGGCCGUGUCUCUCUGGGCCGACUCCAAAUACAUCAGGGCCUGGCAGGGAGGGACGGGAGACUGCAAAAUGGGAGGAAAUUACGGAGCCUCCAUAUUCGCUCAGUACGAAGCGGUUGUCCUCGGCUGUCAGCAGGUCCUGUGGCUGUACGGAGACGAUCACCAGAUCACCGAGGUCGGAACAAUGAAUCUCUUUCUCUACUGGAUCAACGAGGAUGGAGAGGAAGAGCUCGCCACGCCUCCUCUGGACGGGAUAAUUUUACCGGGCAUCACACGUCAAAGCAUCCUGGAGCUGACACGCCAAUGGGGUGAGUUUAAGGUCUCUGAGCGGUAUCUGACCAUGGCGGCUCUGCGUCUGGCUCUGCAGCAGAAGCGUGUGAAGGAGAUGUUCGGCUCGGGGACGGCGUGUGUGGUGAGCCGUGUGGGCAGAGUGCUGUAUCAGGGCGAGAACCUGCAGAUCCCGUGUGCUGACGAGGAACACUCACUCGUCUCCCGACUGCUGAAGGAGCUAACAGACAUCCAGUAUGGACGGACUGAGAGUGACUGGACCAUCCUCGUGUAGACGAGCAUCAUCUCAAGAGAACAAUGCACACACAAACACAAUGCACAACAGGCACACACACACACACAUACACACACAAACACAAUGCACAACAGGCACACACACACACACAUACACACACAAACACAAUGCACAACAGGCACACACACACACACAAACACAAUGCACAACAGGCACACACACACACAAAAACACAAUGCACAACAGGCACACACACAAACACACACACACAAACACAAUGCACAACAGGCACACACACACACACAAACACAAUGCACAACAGGCACACACACACACACAAAUACACACACACACAAACACAAUGCACAACAGGCACACACACACACACACACACAAUGCACAACAGGCACACACUCAGUAGGUUUUGGUAUUCCACAAUAUUUGUAUUGUAUGUGUAUUGUAUUUGUAAUGUACUUGCAGUACUGUGGACCUACAUGUACACACACACAAACACACACACACACACACACACACACACACACACACACCAGCUGCACAGGGACUAUCUUUAGCUUCUUAAAUUGGGUAUGGUAAUAUAGUUUAGUGCAACAGAUUUAAGCCUUAAGGCCAGUUCACGCCGGAUGUGUCACGUGAAGCGUCACGUCAAGACUUCCUUCAAUUCCACUUUAAAAAGCUUUUCACUUCACACACCGUCCACCACAGAGGUGUGUUAGAGGCGUGUCAAGCUCCCGCUCGCAUGUUGUGCUACCUUUUUUAUGCUAUAUGUGUUAAUUUCUUUUAAUUACUCCUUGAAUACCAGAGAGACGCACUACAAAAUCAGAUAAACACACUUUCUGUACACGACACACUCUCACUCUAUAAAGACAGAUUUUGUGUUUGGAUUGCUUUACGUCUAAAAUCUGAUUGGCUGAUCUGUGUUUAAGUAAAAAAAAAAAAAAAACCCGAGAUUUAAUUUAAUUUGUAUUAAUGUACCUGUAAAAUAAAACUGUCCAGUGAAUACCUUCGUAUUUGUCCGUUAUGUCGCUUAGCAACCAAAGCACCUUGUUGACAGCCAACAUUGUGUAGUGAAAGAAUUGUUUAUUGCGGAUAUUAUUUAUACAUGAAAUUAUUUAUUGAACACUGGAUUUUGUUUAUAAGCCGGUGCUAUAAUAAUGCUGUAAUCCAUUUGAGGGUGAGCUUUGCAGCGGUUUUAUUGCUGGUGUAGGAUUGAUUUAUUUUACACCAGCAUGUCUAGCCAAAAUAAACAUAAUAAGCACGUGGGUUGUUUACGAUCCCACUGUUUACCAUCUCAGGUCAUGUUUAUUAUGUGAACGGUUUUGAAAUUGACUGAGUGGGCAUGUCUGAGAAGGGGGUGUGUCCAAGAGAUGUGAGGCUACAAGGUGUGUGGAGGAGAAGGGUGUGUCUGAGAAGGGGUGUGGUUGACGUGUGGCUGAGAUGUGUCAGAUGUUGUGUGGCUAAGAGGGGGUGUGCCUGAGAGGGGUGUGGUUAACUGGGAGAGCAGCUGAAAGGGGAUGUGGUUGGGAGGUUUGUGGCCGAGAGGGGGUGUGACUGAGAGGAGGGUGUGGCUGAGAGGGACAUGGCUGAAGGUGGGAUGAGAGGGAUUGUAGCUGCGAGGGUUGUGGCUGAGAGUGGGUGUGACUUAGGGGAGCAUGUCUAGGGGUGUGGCUGAGAGUGGGUGGGGCUUUUUAUUUGAAGCUCUGAGGCAUGUCUGGUGUGGAUGGACCGAGGUCUUGACUUGUCAGUGCCGUGACACAACCGGUAAAAAUCUGUGUUCACUUUCAAGUGCACACUCUUAACAGAAAAGAAGAAAUAACUUCAUUUUUCACAAGUAACAAACAAAAAAUCAUCAAAAAAGUUUUAAAGAUAUUAACAGUAAAGUAUUUAGAAAUAUUAAAUAUUGUAAUAUUAAUGCCUUUCAGUACCAAAUAAAUGAAGGGAUGUUACUUCAUAAGCACAAGAAAGAAAAUGGUCAAAUGAUUUAAGAAUAUUUUAACGUGAUGUAUUAUCCGCGCUUCUUGACGAUCGUCCGUAAUAACAGUAGUGCCUUCCUGUUCCAGUUCUAGCUCAGUGCGUAAGUUUGUACACCCUUAGCACAAAAGAACCUCACAGCCACGAAUGACGAGAUAUUCAGAUGUUCUUGUGUCGUAUCAGUGAAGGAAAAACAAAAAUCAUUUGCACCUGCCAUUUUACAUGUGAUAGACGUAUAGACUAUUGUGACUAUAGUGUUGAUGUACAGUGCAAAAGCUUGUGCACCCCUGAAAGGAUAAAGAAAGGAAGGUGUUCCUUCAGUUUCACAAGCAUCAAAAAAAAUACUCAAAAGUUAUUAGUAAAGAAAAACUUUCGGGGAUGCACUUAUCUUUCACAUGGAACAACUCGUGAGUCUGUGUUUCUGUAGAUAAUGUCGUAUGGUUUCAACUUUCCCAUUCUGAACCUAUGGGGAGCACAAACUUUUGCACUCAUUGGUUGAAUAUUAUGCAAUAAUCAUGAUCCUUUUUAUAAUGUGAUUUCUUUUUAUGACGGCAAUAAUGAUUUAACAACGGGAGCGUUUUUGAUGUUUGUGAGAAAACAUUAUGCUGUAGGAAAUAAUAAAGCGUGCACACACACACACACACACACACACAGGAUUGAUUCCUAGUUAAUGUCUAAAGAUACGCACCAUUUUAACUCAGAGAAAACAAUGCAAUAAAUGCUCCAAAGGGAAACAUCACGAUGUGAAAAAAAAAAACACAUUAUUUUUUUUGUGAUAAUUAUUUCUGUUUUUGUAGCACAAUAAAUUCCCGUUGGUGAAUCAUCGACAGUGUGUAUGGCCUUGAGGAAUUUUCAUGAUUAGAAAAUAAAUUAUAAUGCUGUUUUUUUUUUAUUGUAGAUGUGUGUAUGUAUUGUUAAUCACUGACGUUUUAAUAAAUGUCUUAAGCAACA